CACCACGAAAAUGCCUUCCACAUACAAGAAAGAGAAGCCUUGGGACACGGAUGACAUAGAUAAGUGGAAGGUAGAAGAAUUCAAGCCAACAGACAAUGCAGGUGGAACAUUCGCAGAAGAAUCCUCAUUCGCAACCCUCUUCCCCAAAUACCGAGAAAUAUACCUCCGCGAAGCCUGGCCUCUAAUCACCCGCUCUCUCGAAAAGUAUGGAAUCGCAUGCACGCUCGAUUUGGUCGAAGGAUCCAUGACAGUCAAAACCACGCGAAAAACCUUCGACCCCGCCUCCAUCCUCAACGCCCGCGACCUAAUCAAACUCCUCGCGCGAAGCGUCCCCGCUCCUCAAGCCGUCAAAAUUCUCGAUGAUGGCGUGGCAUGCGAUAUCAUCAAGAUUCGCAACCUGGUGCGCAAUAAAGAAAAAUUUGUCAAGCGGAGACAACGCAUAUUAGGUCCCAAUGGCAGCACAUUGAAGGCCCUCGAACUGCUCACCGAAUGCUACCUCCUGGUACAAGGAAACACUGUGUCAGCAAUGGGUCCUUACAAAGGGCUCAAAGAAGUCCGGAAAAUCGUCGAGGAAUGCAUGGCCAACAUCCACCCAAUCUACCACAUCAAAGAACUGAUGAUCAAACGGGAGUUGGCGAAAGAUCCCGAAUUAGCGGGCGAGAGUUGGGACCGCUUCUUACCGCAAUUCAAGAAAAGGACUUUGAGCAAGAGAAGAGUUCCAUUGAAAGUUACGGAUAAGACGAAGAAGGUGUACACGCCAUUUCCCCCGCCCCAGGAGAAGUCCAAGGUUGAUUUGCAGAUCGAGAGUGGAGAGUACUUUCUGGGGAAACAAGCUAGGGAGAGAGCAGUUAGGGAGGAGAGAUUGGAGAAGCAGAAGGAAAAGAAGGCUGAGAAGUUGAAGGAGAGGGAGAAAGAAUUUGCUGCGCCGAAGGAAGGUGGCGAGAAGAAAGAGAAGAAGAAGCGGAGACGGGAUGUUGUGGACGGAGAAGAGGAUGAGGUGAAGAAGGAUAAGAAGAAAAAGAAGAGGAAAGACGGUGACGAGGAUGUAGUUAAGGAGAGAAAGAGAAAGAGAAAGGCAACCGAGGAGGAUGAGGAGUAGUACUGACUUGAUUAGCAUUGGCGACGGCGUUCUGGUGGCAUUGUCAAUAGCAAAAUGUACACGAGUCUUGAUACCCUCGAAAAUGAUCACUCACUGAAUGUAGAAAGAUUGCAUUAAAGUCAG